UUAUACGUAACGUGUUCUUGAACGACCCCAUUUAUAAAAUGCAGAGGCAUGAUUAGACUGUUCCUACAUAUUUUAUUAUGUAUGAACAAGUGAGUUCAGUAACACCUGCAGUAGACGAUCCACCGUUGCCACUAAUGUUUUAUCCGCAUGUUAAAUCAGUUACCAGUGGUGAGGCCAAUCGGUGUUGACGUUAAUCCGGCGAGCUGCACACACGGGGUGACAACACCAGGGACAUCAUGGCAGGGGACGGGUGGUACGGGGCACUGAGAGCCAGGGUGGCGGCACCCGGAUACGUGAGGAAGCUGGUACAUACGGGGUGCCUGUUCUACUCCUUCAUUGUCAUAGGAAUAUGCAAUGCCCAGACUGGCCCGGCGCUGCUGGAUCUCCAACUCAUCACCAACACCAACACCCAACAGUCCGCUGUGUUCUUCACGGGAGCCUCCGUCGGGAGCAUGUGCGGCUCCUUGUCCUUUGGCUUCCUGUUUGGCCGACUUAACAAGCACCUGUUGAUGUUCCUCAUCCUGCUCGGGGCAGCUGUAGCCGUCGGGGUUCUGCCGUUGUGCACACCGUAUAUUCUGAUGGUCUUCAUGCAUGGAAUCGUGUCCUUCUUUAGGGCUGGACACGUUACUUGUGGUAACACAGAUUUGAUAAGGACUUGGGAAGCUGAAAGGAGGGUGUUCAUUCAGAUUCUCCACUUCUGCUUCGCUCUUGGGGGAACGCUUUCCCCACUCAUCACAGAACCCUUCCUUGCACAUAGUACAAGCUCAAACAAUACCCGAGGGGCAGACAACUCCAGCACCCCUCUCUCUCACAUCUGCGUGAACAACAGUGACUUUGUAGACAAUGGAAACUGUGAUAUAGUUGUCACAGAAACAAAAGUUGAAUACGCGUAUCUCAUAACAGGGAUUCUGUUCCUCGUAGCUUCGUUGACCUUCCUGAUCCAAAGGUGCUGCCGCAGAUCCGAACCAGCUGAUGCCCAGAAGUCUAUGACUGGAUACGCCAAUUUGGACGAACCGUUACCGAUGGUGUAUAUCUUUGGUACAAUGGUAUUUGUUGUUUUGAUCUUUAUCUUUCUCGUGGCCGUUGAGGCGUGUUUGGCAUCCUUCCUCCUGACCUUCGUGGUGGAGCAGCUGAACUGGACGAAAACAUCGGGAGCUAGACUGACAUCAGUAUUCUGGGCCUGUUACGCAGCCAUGAGGUUUGCAACAAUCUUCUUCACGGAGCGUGUGUCCCCAUUUGUUCUCAUUCUCGUCACCUCUAUCACCAUGCUUCUAUCUGCAGUAGGUCUGCUAAUGUCCUCUAUCUAUGACAAUGAAAUCGGUGUGUGGGCCUGUGUUGCAUUGAGUGGGCUGUCUCUCGCUUCACAGUUUCCGUCGACGAUGAUGUGGCUGGAAGAGUCGAUACUGAGGUUGUCAUCCAGAAUCGUCUCCAUCAUUGUCUUCUCCUCCACCUUGCCCGGUAUCAUCAACCCGUUAGUCAUUGGGUAUCUGAUGCAGGAAAUCUCCCCAAUAUGGUUGAUGUACAUACUCACUAUUGAGAGUGGUGUGUCAGUGCUGCUUAUUCUGUCCUUGUUCACCUGGUCCAAGGCUGUCCUCAAGCCGUUGCAUGAGAGACAGAAUUCAGAACGAUUGGUACCCCAGGAUUACACCUAAUUUAAUUUGUUUUCCGAAAGAUAAUCUAGAAUCCAAAGGAGUUAUGAUAAUCCUGUCCGCGUUGACAUCGUCCAUGGUGGCCCUAACGCUGAUGUAUCAGAGACAGAAUUCAAACUUUUAGCGCAGGAUUAAACUUAAUCUAAUUUGGUUUUCGGAAGGUACUGUAGAAGCCACAUUAAUUUUAAUCAUCCUGUCUCUAUUCACGUGGUUCAAGAUGGUGCUUACUAUCAGCGACAGACUCAAGAAGUAUUGGUUACUCAGGAUUAAACCUAUUUAAAGCACAAGGGCUACGUCCAGUCCAUCAAAACCUUAACUUGUUAGGUAGCAAAUACUAUUUUCUCGCUCAACUGUGAAAUUUUGUGAUUUCACCGGAUCACAUGAAGCAUCAUUUGCACAAGUGCUUUUACCCUUCUAUUUUACAUGUUGAACUAAAUCUGACAUACAUCAUUCGUGAAAAAGAUUCUUUGACUAAAUCUUUGUAGUAUAUUUUACACGAUCGAAAUCACACUUUUUAAAGUCCAGCGAGAAAAUGGUUGUUGCUGCCUACCAACUUCAAGUUUGGAAUGGACAACACUUGCGCCUUGUGAAAUUGGUGUUAGCUGUGACAAGAAUGAAGUUAUUGUAUACCAAUGUAUGCCAGCUUAAAAGUGUUAGAAGAAAGUGAUGUCGGUCUUACACGUUUACGGGGCGGUGGAGUAGCUUAAUGGUUUAAGCAUCCGCUCGUCACGCUGAAGACCCGGGUUCGAUUAGCCACAUGUGUGAAGCCCAUUUCUGGUGUCUCCCGCCGAGAUAUUGCUGGAAUAUU